UCGAGGUUUUGAAAUAUCGCGCGCACUCAUGGGAGAAGGACGCGCAAUGUCGUCGGUGACCGAAGGAAGUGGCCGUCCUGAGGAAAUCGGGGGCAUGGGCUGCUUUCAAGACAUCAUGGAUCUCACAGCUAUCCCACGUGACGCGGUCGUCCUCACUGCAGACAACAAAGCUCGGAUCUUGGACCUCCUCCAGAACAUAAGUAAAGAGUACCAGAUCCAAGCACACAAGUUGGAUUGGCAGACACAGUUACUCGAAGCAAAGCAACGCCUGAUCGACAAAUAUGAAGCCAAAGAUGCUCUAAGCAACGAUAUGGAAUUGAAUAUUGAGCAGUCGCCUCACCUGACGGAUGGCAUCCAUCGCAACGGUUCGUCUACGUUGACCAACACGACAGAGCUGUCAAGUACCAAUUUCAUCGGGUCCUUUGACAAUGCUCCAACAUCAUCUCAAUGCCGGUUGGCUACUUCGCUGUCGCUUGUGCAGCAGGUUAAGCUUCAUCUCGAUCGUCUUCCGCUCGAUGACGUACUGCGACUAAAAACGGAACAACUUUGUAUGCUCGUGUCAACCCAGUCCGCAGACGUUUCUGUGCUACGACGUUCAUUGAAACUCCUGCAAGACCGGGCUCAAUCGAACGCCAUGAUUGUCACAGAAUUGCGGCUGGAGCAUGACAUCAGCGCCAUGCGCUUGCAGCACAGGCGUCUCUUUCAGCGGGUGCUGCAGGAAGACACAGUCCGCCUUCGCGACAACUACAACGAGUUACUCAACAAGUACACGCGCGAACGAGAAUGUGCCGAGGAUAUGCAAAUCGAGUACGCUCAUCUCCAGGAAGACUUCGCCGCUCUUGAGCAGGUAAAUUAUCAGCAACGCGACGUUCUGGCUCAAACGGGGCAGAAGUACUCCAACGUUAUGCAAAAGUUGCGCAAUCUCGCCGCUUUGAAUUCUCAAUCCAACGAGCGGCUCGUCAUGCUUCAAGAAGACAAUAUCGUCCAACAAAGUCGACUUCAAGACAUAAUCCGAGGCCUCCAGGCGCGAGUGGACUCGAUGGCGACCGAUCCAUUGUGGCUCGAGUUCGUUAAUGAUCGGCAAUUGCAUAUGAAUGAGCAAGGCGACGCCAACCCGCACAUCAUUUCCCUCCAGCAAGAGCUUUCACGCGUCACAAGUGAACACAAGCGAUGUCUGGGUCAUCUGGCCGAACACCAAAACACAAUUAACGAAUUGAAGCGUGUGUUGAUUGUCCAAGAAGGCAAGUGGCGCGACCAGACAGCGAGUUUACUGCAUCUGGUGGAUUCCCAAGACCAAGAGUUGGCGCAACUGCAUGAAAAUGCAGCAUCGAUCCAACAAGACCACUUGAAGGCAGUCGGCAAAAUGCAACACAACUUGGACAGUAUGAAGUGUCAUGUGGAAUCGCUGCAAGAAUCCAAUUCGGCGCUUGUCGCCAUGGUCAAGGACUACGUCACCGAGCUCAAGAGCGCCAAAAGGGAAUUACAUCGCCGCUUUCUCGAGUGUGAGAGCUUAAAGGUUGCAGGUGCAACCAUCCAAGUCGAAUGUAACAACUUGAGGGAACGACUCGCGCACUCAGAAUCGAUGCAAGAAGAAUGUCAACGAUGGCAAAUGACGUGCGUUGAACUCGAGGAGCGUGAAGCGUCAUUGGUAUGUCAGGUCCAGCAACUCCAAAACCAAGUAGCUGUGCUGCGACAGCACUCGUUGCCAGACUUGUCGUCGCUGUGGUCAAAUCCGCCAUCCGCUCCCCUUGCGCUUAGCAACGAUAUGUUUCAAAAAGUCAAGGACGUCCUGGACCAGCGCAUUCUAGAGUUUCAACGCGAUCGCGACAAGUACACGUCGAACCCUGCGCUGCAGCACUAUUUGUCCGUCGAGUCGGUAUUUCUUUCGGCAUUGCGUGGACGAAUGCUCCUGCUGGCAUGAACAACGCCCCCUGUCCCAUAUUUAUCAAGCGUCGGCAACUCGAGCUGAUGAUCAAGCCCCACAUCGCCCAUCAAAGCACUUUGUGAUAGCGCUCCCCAGGGUAUUGUCAAGCGUUGUAGGUCAAUCCUAUUCACUCGUUCAACGCUUCCAAGAGCGCCUGGCGCUGGGAUAUGACUUCAGGAUCGCUCGACUGCGUUGCUUCGUCGAGGCUUUGAAAGAUCGCGUCGAACUUGUCAAACUGGACCUUGGCGCGCUCGAUUUCGUCGUUGUUGAAGAGCGUGACGGCGUAGUUUAAGUGAAACAAGUGGUCGCUACACACAAGUCUGGUCAGCGCAUAUUCGACUUGGUCGACGAUGGCAUUACGCUUCCAUCUCAAUCGCUUUCUC